UCGGCUCACGACCGUUAUGUCAAAGUGAUUUAAAUUUUGGCGUCUACCGCGGAAAAAAGUUUUCAAAUACGCGGAAAAUGUACAUAAAAUCCCUGGUUUUGGAUGGUUUCAAGUCGUACGGACGCAGGACAGAGAUCACAGGAUUCGACAAGGAAUUCAAUGCCAUCACCGGCUUGAAUGGGACAGGAAAAUCCAAUAUUCUGGACUCGAUAUGCUUCGUCCUUGGCAUCACCAACUUGAGCCAGGUCAGGGCGACAACGCUGCAGGAUUUGGUGUACAAGGGAGGACAAGCCGGCGUCACCACGGCCAAUGUUACCCUUGUCUUUGACAAUCGGGACAAGAAUCAGUGUCCCGUGGGCUAUGAGCAGAACGAUGAGAUCUCCGUGACGAGGCAGGUGGUUGUUGGGGGGAAGAACAAGUAUCUGAUCAAUGGAAGAAAUGCCCCAAAUGAAAGGGUUAAGAAUCUCUUCUGUUCAGUCCAACUGAACAUCAACAAUCCCAAUUUCAUCAUCAUGCAGGGUCGCAUCACCAAAGUCCUAAACAUGAAGCCCCAUGAGAUCCUCUCCCUGGUCGAGGAAGCCGCCGGAACCAACGUGUGGCAGGAGAAAAAGGAGAAAUCCGUGAAGAUGCUCGAGAAGAAAGAUUCCAAACUCAAAGAAAUGGAUGGAGUCAUCAAUGAAGAAAUCCUGCCCAGACUCGAAAAGCUCCGUGAGGAACGUGGCAAGUACCUGGAGUAUCAAAGAGUCUGCCGGGAAAUUGAACAUCUCAAUCGGAUUCACUAUUCAUUCCUCUACCUCAAACUCCUCAAGAUUUCCGAUGGCAACAGAGCCAAAACGGACGAGAUGAAGUCAUCCAUAGAGAAUAAUAACCAGAAGAUCCUGAACAAUCAGCAGAAAAAUGAAGAACUAAAGGCUCAAAUUGAGGAACUCUAUGAGAAACUUCAGGGAGAUUCCGGUGGAGAUCUCAAGGGGAAAGAACUCGCCCUCACGGAGCUCAUCAAGGAAGAUUCCGUCCUGACGGGCAAGAAGAAAGCCCUAAUGGACAAAAUCCAGGCCGAAAAGAAGCAGAUGAAGCACCUGAAGAAGAGCAUUGACGAUGAUCAGAAACUCCUUCAGAGCAAAACCAAUCAACUCGACAGUUCGGAUGCCACCUUCAAGGAACUGGAGGAGCAGAACGAGAAGCUAAAGAGUGACUACGAAGCUGCCCAGAACAAAUUGGAAGCCAUCACGGCGGGAGUGUCAACGACAGCCGACGGGCAGUCGGUGACGCUCCAGGAGCAACUUAUGGCUGCCAAGCAGCUGGCAUCUGAGUCCAAUACGAAAAUCCAGGACUGCCAGGUGGAGAUCAGGCAGCUCACCAAAGUGGUCAAGGAGAAACAAGGAGAGAAGCGGUCAGCAGACAGCGCCUAUGAAAAGGACAGGGAACAGGUCAGGAAGCUCGAGAGGGAAGUGGAAAAGCUCACGAACUCCCUCAGUCGUAUUGAUUAUGAAGAUGGUACGAUUGAGGAGCUCCAGAAUCGUCGGAUCACGCUGUCGAGUGAGAUGCAGAAUAUGCGUAAGUUCAUGGAUCAAAAAGGGUCCCAUCGUUUUGACUUCCAAUAUCGCGAUCCUGAGCCCCAAUUCAAUAAGAAUCGCGUUAAGGGGAGACUCUGCAAUCUGUUUACGGUCAAGGACAAGCGCUAUUGCUUGGCUCUUGAGAUUUGUGCAGGGGGAUCUCUGUACAAUGUCGUCACGGACACGGAUGUCACCAGUAAGUUGAUCUUGCAGAAGGGGGACCUUCAGCAGAGAACAACGAUGAUUCCCUUGAAUAAGAUUUCCAGCCGGUGUAUCUCACCGAAUACCGUGGCAGUGGCUAAGAAAGUGGGCGGCAUGAACAAUGUCUUCCAUGCAUUGUCCUUGAUUAGCUACGAGAAGGAGUUGGAGCCAGUGAUGAAGUAUGUCUUUGGGAAUACGUUCAUCUGUACGGACAUCAAUGUGGCCAAGAAUGUGACAUUCCAUCAGAGUGUUAUGUCCAGAUGCGUGACUCUCGAUGGGGAUGUCGUUGAUCCAUCUGGAAGUUUGUCAGGUGGUUCUAGGCCAAAGGGCGGGGCCGUUCUGCUGGAUGUGGCUGAAAUUAAGGACCUCAAACAGGGCUACAAUGCCAAGAAGGCUGAAUUGCAGAACAUUGAGAGCCGAAUGGGGCAGAUGCAGAGGAUUGCUGGGGAGUACAAUCAGUUGAAGCAGCAAUUGGAGUUGGCUCAGCAUGAAUUGCAAGUGGCCAAUGGACGUCUGGCCAAUUCAACUUUUCAAGUGCAUCAGAGUGAGAUUGAGACGAUGAAGGCGAAGAUUGAGGCUCUGGAGAAGGAAUUGACAGAAGCCAGGGAGGUUUGUCGGAAGGAAAAGGAGAAUAUCAAAAUGCUGGAGAGUCAGUUGGCAGAUUCUAAGGGAUUCAGGGAGCGUCAGUUGAAGCAGGCUCAAGCAGAUUUGGCGGAUUGUAAGCGAAAAUAUACCGAAAGUAGCAACAAGUGGAAGAAGAAGAAGGAACAGUAUGAUGUGAUGAAUAUGGAGAUUGAACAGCUGAAAACCAGCGUGGAAACGGGAAUGGGUCAGAUGGAGUCGAGAGAGAAGGAGGUCAGGGAGAUGGAAACGGCCCUGGAAGAGUUUUCUGGUUCUGCAGGGGAGCUCGGAGAAAGGAUAGCUGUCCUCAAGGAGGAAGUACGCGUAAUGAAGGAGCACAUAACCUCACAAAAUAGAGAGAUUGAUAACAAGAAAAGGGCGAUAGAUAGGCACACGAAGGAGAACCAGGAGUUGCAGUUGCAGAUCAAGAAGCAAGAAUCAGAAUUGGCCAAGAUGAAGAAUGAGGGAAAGGAUGCAGAAAAUCAGAAAACGGCACUUGAGAAGAAGUUCUCAUGGAUUCUGGAGGAUAAGGAAUAUUUUGGGACGAAGAACACCAAGUACGAUUAUUCGCAGGAAGAUCCAAAGACGGCCGAGAAGAAGUUGAGUAAGAUGCAGGAGAUGAAGGAUAAGAUGAGUAGGACUAUCAAUGAGAAGGCAAUGAUGUUGCUGGAGAGGGAAGAAGAGGAAUUCAAGGAGGUGGUGAAACGCAGGGAUCUCGUGAAUCACGAUAAAGGGAAAAUCUUGCAGACAAUGGAACAGAUUGAGGAGGAGAAGAAGGCUGAGGUGAAAAAGGCCUGCAUUGAGGUUGGACAGAAUUUCAGUGGGAUCUUCACGUCAAUCCUGCCAGGAGCUGCAGCUAAGCUUGUUCCCGUGGAUGGGGACUAUCUCAAAGGGCUGGAAGUCAAAGUGGGCUUCAAUGGGCUGUGGAAGGAGGGUUUGACGGAAUUGAGCGGUGGCCAGAGGUCCCUGGUAGCACUCUCACUCAUCCUGGCCAUGCUCAAGUACAAUCCAGCUCCCAUCUACAUCCUGGACGAAGUGGAUGCUGCCCUGGAUCUCUCCCAUACGCAAAAUAUUGGAGGAAUGCUCAAGCAGCACUUCAAGAAAUCUCAAUUCAUCAUUGUCUCCCUCAAGGAUGGCAUGUUCAGCAAUGCCAAUGUCCUGUUCAGGACGAAAUUUGAGGAUGGGAUGUCCGGAGUCAUUCGUACGGCUAAGAAAUAAACGCGCACGAAGUAAUCACUUUUUCUUUUGGCUAAUAAACCAUUUUUUACCUUGAA